ACUGUCGAACAAUUAUUUCUUUAAUAUAUCACCAUAGUCGCAUAGAUGUUUUGUUAUUACAUGUUAAAAUGCAUUUAUCAUUUACGGCCAUUGUUAGUCGUGUCGGGGAUUCUGGUUCAUUUUGAUGGAUCGCCUUUUCUCACUAGCGCCCCAGUUAUGUUUGAUUCACAGAAAAUUUAUAUUUUGAAAAAAAGCACAAUUGCAAAUCAAUCGUCAAUGUUACAGUUGACAAGUGUUUGAAAAAGAAAGGAAGAGUUUACACUGGCGAGAGAUGCUCUGAAUAAAGCUACGAUGCUUAAGGUGAAACGAGUGUCUCGUUAAAAAAAAUAUUUCACCUUCAUGCAUGUGGAACAACAAACAUAAUUCUCAGCUGACAGGGAAUAAAGGCGAUCCAUUCUUCUCACAUCCGGCAUCCCACAUUAAAGGAGCGAUUACCUUUGAAAUGCGUGGGGCUGAUUUGAAGAGGAAGGCAAAACAGAGCGGGGACUACCGCUAAACCAGGGUAACCAAGGCCGGGAAAAUUUGUGAGAAAUAUGCAAAAGGACCAACGCUAAGCCAUGAAGAAAAAGAAAACCUUUUUGCUGCUAAUUUUUGCCAUCCUGCUCCUACUCGUGAAAUCUCAAGUAUUUGAAGACGCUGUACGCAACGCUGACUGUCCAACCGAACCAAUCAUCGUCCACAUUCUAAGCUUGCCGCCGUACGCAUGGCAAGUCAACAAUACCCACAGUGCUGGAAUCGCCUUCACUUUCAUACGCCGCGGGCUCGAGAAAUGCUUCUCUCAUUGUAACGCAAGCCAACCGAAGUACGUAUUUGUGAACAGCACGGAUGAACUCUGCGCCGUCUUGCUUCAAAAUGCCACCGACAUAGCCUUGCCCAUUACGUCCGCGCUAGAAAACGAGCUUGAUGACGGGGACGACCCUACCUUUGACUAUUACCAGAAACACCCGCACCUCGUAUUUGACUCGCUCGUCAACUCGCCUGGCCUUUCUUACGUCAUUCACUUGGGGAAUACGAACGAUGUAGUGAAGAAUCAUAUGAUAAAUGCUUUGGUGGAAGUCUGGCCUGUGGUGAUCUAUUGUAUUCUUCUGGCAGGAAUAUCUGGUAUAUUAGUAUGGGUAAUGGAGUUUAAACUGAACCGCUCUGAAUUUCCGAAGAACUUCUUCCAUGGCUCUUUCGAAGGCUUUUGGUGGGCCUUUGUUUCCAUGACAACUGUUGGAUACGGGGACAAAACACCCAAAUCCGUGUGGGGAAGGCUGUUCGGCGUAGCAUGGAUCCUUAUUGGUUUAGUUAUCAUAGCAACGUUUACCGCCGCCGCGACUAGUGCACUUGACAGUGGGAUGACGUAUUACAAGUCGGGCGUGGAUGGAAAGACGGUUGGUGUUUUGGAGGGAACAGAAGCUGGAGUGGAGGCGCUACGAAAAGGAGCCACUGUCAAAUCGUAUUCGACUUUUCGCUUGAUGCACGAGGAUUUAAAACACGCCAAGCUUGAUGGGCUGCUCUUAGACCGAUACGAGGCGUCGCACGUGAUGAACACGUGGCAAGACGACGAGCUGCGCGUGCUCGAUACUAUCGACAUUACUAUAAGAUACAAGUUGGCGCGGAUUCUUGGCAGGAACAGCGCGCUCGGAAGGAAUACGUGUCUGAGGGACAGGCUAUCCCGGCACGACACGCUCGUGAACAAGAUGGUGCGAGAUCACAUCAAACCCGUCAAGACGUUCAACAUGGCGGAGCACUCGCUUGGUCUGUUCUCGAGUGAGUCCCCGUCCACGCUAGCAGCGGUAGGUGUCCUACUGGGCGUACUUGGGGCGAUGGUGGUAUUAGGAACGCUAUACCAGUGUCUUUACCGCAAGAUUCCUCUUGGACGCAGAAAGUCUUACACACCGAGAGACGACUCUAUUUACCGAAUGCAGGCAGCGGUCCUGGUGGAGUUGCAUAACAGCGUCCGAGUGCUGUCCGACGAGAUCCUGGCCAUUCAACGGACACUGGACAGGCUGAAGGUGACGCCUUCCGGACAUGUUAACAUCUUUGUUUCUGAUAAAGGCAACAUUGACCACCAGUGAGGGGGAUAUGAACCAUUAUCACCAUCACCAUCAUCAUUAUCACCAUCAUCAUCGUCAUCACCCUCUUCGUCAUCAUCUUCUUCCUCAUUACCAUCAUCAUCAUCAUCAUCAUUUUACAUAGUGUUCGUUUCCAUCAUGACAUCAUCGUCAUCAUCGUCACUAUCAUCAAAACUUUAUCGAGGCUGCAAUAUCUGCAAAAUUCCAAGUGUAAUAUUUUUGUUAUUGGUGUUUUUUUUUUAUUUCUCAUUUUAUUUGAUAUAUAAAGGAUACCUGGGUGUUAUAAAUUAUAAUCCAUGAUAUCUACUCAAAUGUAUAUUUUUUAACAGUAAGUAUAUUAUUUAUUUACAGUAAGUUAUAAGAAGGACAAAUAAGAAGUAUAAGCGAAGGUCCAAACAAGUAACUACACACAGUAUUCUAAUUAUUUUGCAAAAUAAUUAUAGAAAAAUAUGCAAAAUAAAAAUAAUUUCCUGUUCCAA